GUCGAUAGAAACUCUUUGUUAGGUGACAAUCUACAUUAUUUUAUUUCUAAUUGGACAGUUUGCUUAAUAAUCACGAAACGAGCCCCGAAAACACAGGCGGGUUCAGAUAGGCAACGCGUUUAGGACAACAUGACUUGCAACCCCCUCCCCUCCCUCCGCAUCGUGGUGGUCACGUGUCAGUACUAAACGUUCCGUGUAGAGUCUUUGGUUUGGUGUGUGUUCAUUCUGCUUCUUAUAAUCUAUUAGUGCACGCGUUUACUUGUAGUCCCGUUCUUCUCACCUAUUCCAAGAAAAUGAACUCUUGCUUAGGAAGGAUCGUUUUUCUCAUCUUGCUAUUUGUAUUGGAACACCUCAACACAAGCUUAGCUAUCCAAUGUUAUCUGUGUAAUUCAAAGUACCAAGAGGGGUGUGACGAAGUGGCAGAUGACACUUACCUCAAGAACUGCAGUGAGUUGAAGGAAGGACCUAAGUACGUCGGUUGCAGAAAGAUAGAUCAGUGGAUUGAUUUUGAAAUGUUGGGUGAAAGUAAGAACAAACGUAUCAUUCGUCAGUGUGCACUCGACACAGAAGAAAAAGACUGUUACUAUAGGGCAGGUUACGGGAGUCGUACUAAUAUCUGUCACUGUUUUGAAGACAAGUGCAAUGCAGCUGCAGAACUUUCAGUCACUGCUGGAAUAAUUAUGUUAGGAGUCUUUUCUCUUAUUAGAUUGUUUGUAUAAAGACAGAUACAAAAGACUUUCUUAGAGACUGAGGAAAAGUGAAAAAGACUGUAUCCAUAGCAUGAGGCCAAAUACUGAAAUGUUCCCGCGUUUAGGCAAUAGAACCAUAUAUAUAUAUAUAUAUAUAUAUGUUUUAAUCAAGAAGAGAUGUACAAGCCUUUGACUUCUCCACCCGUCCUUUACAAUAUGUAAAAUGAAAGGUAAAUGAAAUGGUCAUCUUAAUGUUUCAAAGAAAUUUGUUACAAUAAAAACUCAUAACAAACAUCUAGUUAUUACCUCUUGCAAUUUUGUAAUAACAAAAUUGUUUCAAACUUUAAUACAUUAGCUUUAUUCUAAAUUGCGUGACCUUCUUUUACAACUUUAGCGUGCUGUAACUUAAUAUAAUUAUAUAUAACAAUGUUUUAUUAUUUUAGUGAAUAGUCUAUAGAUUUAAUUAAAAAUAAAUACUUAACGUAGGAAGAAGAAAGGUUUAUUCCAUUGCAUUGAUUUUAUUCACAAAGUUCUUGCCUUUGAUGAUUGUGAAGUUUUUGAAUAUUAGUGUUCAGUGGAUUCAUGGGCACCAAAAAUAUUUUUGACAUGAAUGCUUUAACAAACUAGCACAAGUUAUACAAAAUGCUGUUGUAGUCAACAAAUUUAGUCAAAACUGGGAAAGUAACCAUGUAAUAAUUUUUGUGCAUAAACAUAUCAUUGGUUUUCUUUAUUAUUAACUGAACUAUAGAUGUACUUGAUCACUAGAAACAUAAAUAUUAAUAAGGCUGGUUUAAAACAUUUUCAUUUGAGGUGAAAGUUAUAAAAUGUUAUUCUUCUACAGUUCAAUGAGUUGUAUUUGAUGGAUCAUUUAGUGCUACUUGUUACUAAAACUAUACAAGUAAUAACAUCUUUUGACAUUACAAUAAUCAUAACUGUGUUGAAUGUUUUGUUUUCUAAAUAUGUAGUUAAAAACAAGUGUUUCACAUCAAAAAUGUUUAUAUUUUUAUAUAGUAUUUAGAAAACAAAUUUCUCAAUUAGUCUAUGAGAUAGGAAAUUUUAAUGAGGCCGGGCUUAAAUGCACUAAAGAGGUUUAUCAUUAUUAUAGCUUAACUUCCCAAAGCCUUUUCUCCAGCUGUGGCUUUGUACACUUUUUAGCCUGUUUUUCCUUUAUAAAUUUUAUUGAUAUAUGUUCCACUGUCAUUAUCUAAUCAAGAUAUUUUCCCUAAAAUAUUUAGUUGAUAAAGAAUAGAUUUACAAAAUAUUUUUGUGCUAGCAUGGACAAAACACAUGUAUUACUUAAAGAUUAACUUUAAUGUCACAGCUAUAAAAAAAAAAAACAGAAACCUAAGCCUUUCUUCUAUACUGUUAUCUUUUUGUCAGUGAUUGUACAUAUCACUACAAUGAAAUAAACAGGAUAUGUAAGAAAUCACCAUGGUGUUUACUUCAGAGUUACAAAAAAUUCUAGUUUCAUUCAUAAGAUUUGCAAUAAUAAUUUCUUUGAUGUUCUUACAGGAAAAUUUUCAUAUUUUAUGUUUGCAUUUGUAUCUCAGUAUAAGUUUUUGCAGAAAAUACUGACUACUAUCAAAUACAGUUUACUUAAUCACUAAACUGAAGACAUUUUGAUAUUAAAAUUACACAAAAGUAGUAUUAAGAAAUAAAUUUAAUGGGUACGAAGAUUAAUGAAGGACUUUUUCUGAAGUGAAAAAGAAUUCUGGUUUCACAUAUUUUAAAAAAAAAACUCAAAGUACUUACUUUCACACCAUUUUACAAAUGGUUUCUUUUAUAUUUCCAUACCUUUAAGGGUUCAUAUUCUAGAAAAACUUACUGUAUUAAAUAAAAUAUUAAAUGUACCAUCCCUUUCUUUAAUACCAAUUUGUAAUGUGUCAUUGUAAAGGUCAAAAUGUGUGCUCUGAAAUAAAGGAAAACUGUAGUUUCAAAAGUAA